CUCUCACCUGUACGGCGCCGCGCGUGUACCCCAGGCCGCCGCGCCGCGCGCGUCUCCACCCACGUUCGCCGUGACCCCCCCCCCAUUUUCCAGUGGAUUAACCGGACCAGUGUCUCCCUGUGUGCUUCCCCGCCGCGGGCAUGGGACGGAGAGCGACCUCCUCCAGUCGCAGCAGAAGGCGGUAACAUCCGAGGGGAAGAAAAUUCGAGCAGUGUCAGUGCCAGUGUGUGUGUGUGUGAGUGUGAGUGACACGUGAGUUUCUUUUUGUGCGCCCGUACACCAUGAUUGGAUUAAGGGAGCUCUUCGCCGUCCUCGCCGUCGUCCUCGUGGCGCGGCCUGCGCUCUGCGCGGAGACCAGCAAAGUUCAACACAAAGUGAAAUGCCUGGAGGACGCCAUGAUCGUGGAGAUCGUGAAGCAGCCGGAAAUGCUGGACAUCUACCUGGAGGGGCUCCGGUCUUUCCCUGACGCCAACUGCCACCCCCUGGUGGCGGACGGGCUGGCCGUGCUGCGGCUCGACCUCACCGAGAAGUUCGAGUGCGGCAUCACCAAGGUCACCAACCAGAUGACGGGCCGGUCCUCCUACUCGCACCGCGUCGUCAUCGAGCAGUCCGACCCGCAGCGGCCCAAGGAGGUCCUCAACGUCAAGUGCGUGCGCGGCCAGACCGCCAACCUGACGGACCACGCCGUCUUCAAGCGCAGCGUGCUUCCGGCCGGCUUCCAGGAGCCAGAGGACUUGGAGAUCACGACGGAGCUGACGAUGCGCGCCCCGGAGCCCCAGCUGAGCGUGGGCGUGCGGCAGGGCGGCCAGCCCGUCACCGGGGAGCUCAACGUGAACCCGGGCACGGCCCUCAACAUGGACGUGUACCUGGACAAGGCGUCCGCCCCCAUCUACGGCCUGCUCGUCUCCUACAUGCAGGUCACGGACACCAAGAACCAGGAGGAGACCAUCAUCUUUAACGGGUGCUCGUUCGACCCCCACCUGUUCGAGAACUUCAACACGGUGGACGGCGACUUCCUCACGGCCAAGUUCCGCGCCUUCAAGUUCCCCGACUCGACGUACGUGCAGUUCAAGGGCACCGUCAACGUGUGCCUCGACAAGUGCCAAGGGGUGGAGUGCAGCAACGGCCAGGUGGGCUACGGCCGGCGGCGCCGGCGGUCCGUGCCGGACAUCUCGGCCGACCCGAACGCCAUCUACAAAGUAACCAUGGUCACCUUCAUCAAGGUGGACUACUCGGACGACGAGCUCCUCCGCAAAGGCCCGGGCAACAUCAUCCGCGCCGACUCCGAGCUGCCGCCGCGGCGCCGCAACGCCACGCCCGUGCUGGCCACCAACGGGCUGGCGGACUCCGCGGACGGCGUGGACGCGUCGGGGGCGUCGGGGCCCGGGCAGCGCCUUCAGCUCGCCGGCGAGCACGUCCGGGAGGAGCUGGCCUACACCGUCGUCCAGGAGCGCGGCGUCAGCGGCGCCCCCGCGGCGCGCAGCGCGUCCCUGGUCCUCGCGGCGGUGCUCGCCAUCCUGGCCGUCGUGGCGCGGUGGUCACUUGCUGGAACUUUCGAUUUCAGUAGCCUUUUGGAAUAUGAAAUUUUGGCCCUCAUUGAAAUGAUGUUGAUCUUUACCUCGUCGCGGAGGGAAAUUAAGUGCCAGUGCCCCUCUACACAAAUUUUAAUUCCAAGCUUCAUUUGUGAUAAAUGUAGAAUAGUUUCAUUUAAUAGUAGAAAAAUCUUAAGGAAUUAA